AUUCAGAAAUCUGUUGAAAAAGGCGGAUACAGAGCAGAAGAAUGUCAUACUGCAUGAAUUAUUGUUGUCAUGUGAUGAGACGAAUCUUGAUUAUGCGAUAUCGUUACUAGCCGAUUUUCAACGAAGACGUAACGCAUUCCACAGGUCUGAUCCGUUCUCAUCGCUUCCGACGCCAGUUGCCCUGAAAAUCCUUCAGCUUCUUGAUCCAAAAUCGCUGUGCAAAUGUAUGUGUGUGUCUCGUGCAUGGCGGAUUUUAUGCAAUGAGCCAUGUCUGUGGAAAAGUCUGUGCACAUUGCCACGCUCCUAUCGGAUGUCAUCGAGAGAGGCCGAACGAAGACAACUGAAUCGAUUCACGGUGGUCGACGGUUCGGUGCUGUGGAGGGCAGCGUUCGCCGAACGAUAUCGACUGUGGAGCAAUUGGCAUGCUGGCCGUUGUGUGAUACGUACUUUCGAAGGACAUACACAAGGUUUGUGUUUUGCUCGCAGAAUUUUCCACGGCGCAAAAAAAGUUGUUUUGCAAAUUUCGCAGCAUCUGCACGGUGCUUUGACACAUUUCAUUAGUAUCAUUCAUUCNGCACACGAGAAUGCCGUAACUUGUCUGCGUUUCGAUAACGAGCGAAUUGUUUCGGGCUCUGUUGAUCGGACAAUUAAGAUGUGGGAUCUGAGAAGUGGACGUUGUUUGCAAACAUUGGAUUGGAAACUUAGUGAAGGUCAUACAGGCGUGGUACGGUGUCUCCAGGUGGACGCCUGGCGAAUUGUUUCUGCAGCAGACGAUCGGACGAUUAAGGUAUGGAAACUGCAUUCUGGUGAGAGACUGUGUACGCUUCAUAGUCAUACUGAUGGUGUAACGUGCGUUCAAUUCAACGAUCAUCAAAUAGUGUCUGGAUCAUAUGAUAAAACGGUGAAGUUAUGGGAUUUUAGUGUUUGUGAAACGGGAACAGAAGAAAACGAUAUGGACACAGGCGGUAAGCGAGAGGAGGAGGCGACAUCUUCGUGUAAUCGCUUGGAAUCAUCGAGCGAUCAGGGAAGCAGUAGUGGUGAUGAAGAUGAAGAAACGGUUGAGCUUCCUUGUAGAUUAGGUAUGUUCGACUUCAAGCAGUGUGAUCCGAAGCGGUGUUCGGGUCGUAAAUUGGCUCGAUUCGGCCUCAUAUCGCUUCUCAAAUUGGGCAGCAAAUUUCCGGGUUUGUUGUUGACGCCAACGGCUCAGUGUACAAUUUCGAGUGCUGAUCGUGAUUUUGUACUUUCAAACGGCUUAGGCGUUGUUGACUGCAGUUGGCAUCAGAUCAGUCACACCCCGAUGCAUCGUGCAAAAUCGGCCCGGCAACGUUUGUUACCGUACUUGAUCGCGGCCAAUCCGGUGAAUUUCGGCAAGCCAUGUGAGCUGAGUUGUGUCGAAGCAUUGGCGGCCGCGUUGUAUAUUAUUGAUGAGAUGAACGCAGCCGAAUUGUUGAUGUCAAAGUUCAAAUGGGGUCCAACAUUUUUGACGAUGAAUUGCGAGCUGUUGGACUGUUAUCGCAAAUGUAAAACACCGUCAGAGAUUAUCGCAGCACAGAAGAAAUACCUGGAGAGAAUUGAGGCAGAAGAUGCCGAGAAACGGCAUCGACCAAUUGAUUUACCUCCCUCUGAUGACUCCGUGCAGUCUGAACAAAUUCAUACAUAUGAAGGAAUGGAUGUGAGCGAUUCGGACGUUUCAGCUGAACGAAAUCAAAUUGAAAAAAUGGUACCAGAAUUGGGAUUUGGUUAUGAUUGUGAGAAGGAACCGUUCCAGCAAGGUGCUGAGGCGAGACUUUAUCGAUGCACGUUUUUGGGCAAGAGUGCCGUUUUGAAAGAACGUUUCCCAAAAAAAUAUCGGUUAGUUGUUGAAAAUUAUCAUCUUUGGGUUGAACAUUGCAUAGCAGAAGGCAAAUGUGCUCAAUGUCUGUCUGUUGCAGUAACGAUGGUAACAACCACGUUAGCACAAAUUUUGAUGAUGCUCUUGAUAAUUAUCAGUUUUGCCUUACCUUGUUCGUUCAUUUUUGUU